CCAAGCAGCAGACUUAAACUUUCCAGUUCUUUGCUUAGGAUAUUAUGGGCUUACCCAUUCGACGCCCAAUCUCAACACUGGCCAUCACGGCUCUCCUGGUCUCCAUUCUCGCAUUCGUUGUCACUGCAUCGUCAAAUGAUACCGACAGUAAAAGUUCGAGUGGUGGAGUUCCACACCUUCGCAAUCUGUCAACGUUCGAUACCUACGAUGCACUCGGGCUGGCCUUCAUCGCUGUUGGUCUUGCAGUCUCAGCUGCAGGCGGCGUAGGUGGCGGGACUAUUCUAGUGCCAGCAUUGGUCCUCAUCAUGGGUUUCGAUAUCAAGCGUGCAACGCCGGUAUCCAAUCUGGCAAUUGUUGGUGGUGCUAUCGCCAAUGCUUGGUUCAACAUCCGCAAACGUCACCCGGCAGUGGACCGCCCUCUCAUUGACUCGGACUUGGCUCUAUCGAUGAUUCCAUUGGUAAUGGGCGGUGCAGUGGUGGGCACUGUGCUUGCUAAGUUACUCCCCAGUUAUUUGCUCUCGCUGCUUUUUGUCGUGGUGCUCGUCGUGGGAGGUACUCGUACUGUAUCUAAAGGGAUCAAGAAGUAUCGUGUCGAGACGAAAAGCUGCAAAGUGCUGGAGGUUUCUCCUACGCCAGCAGCGAUUGAAACAACGGAAGAGCAGCGAGCUGCUCCAUUCGUGGCCAUGCGCUCAUCAAGGUCGUGCCCUGAAGAUAAAGCUGUUGACGAUGUUAGUGGUGAUUUCACCGGUGAUUCUCUACUUAAAGGAACAGGAAGCCGAUCCAACGAAUGUGGUGGCCCGACUGACGAUGAGGUGCUGGCCGAAAUCUUGGAACGGGAACGCCAUUUCUCGCUGACCAAACAAGGCGCUAUCAUGCUUUGCUACAUGGGCAUCGUAGCUGCAAGUAUCGGUGGAGCAGCAGUGACUUGCGGAGGUAUCGCCUACUGGUUGUUACUCGUCAUGGAACUCCCGUGGAUCGCUGGCUUCGGUGCCUGUACAGCAGUAUAUCUCUACCGACAGCAUCGCCGAAAAGUGUCUGUCAACUACGAAUUUGCAGCGGGUGAUAUCCACUGGACGAAGAAGGCGGUUGUCCACUUUCCGUUGGCUUGUGCCGGCGCCGGUCUGAUCGCUGGACUGUUCGGCGUUGGUGGAGGAAUCGUCACUGGUCCUUUGAUGAUUGAGAUGGGCAUCGUGCCUGAAGUUGCGUCGGCCACUACAGCACUCAUGGUGCUGUAUUCCUCAGCUGCAGCAACAGCCAAGUUUGCCGUAUUCAACAUGAUCGCGUGGGACUGGGCCUUGCUUCUGUCUGCGCUGGCGUUCGUGGUCACUGCUGUCUCGCAGGUGAUCAUUUUGGGCUUCGUACGCAGAACUGGCCGUCAGUCCGUGAUCGUACUGUGCAUCGGCGCGACAAUCUGCAUCGGAGCUGUGCUCAUGACGUACCAAGCCAUCAAGAGCACUAUCACUCAUGCCGGCGAGCCUUUCGAGGUAGACGUAUGCAGAUAACUUUACUGGCGUUGAACCACGCAUAGAUUUGAUGCGCAAAGUGUUCCAUACGCACCGAAACGAGCGAUAAACUUGAGCAA